UUCUUCUUCCUCUUCCUCUUCCUCUUCCUCAGAUUGUUUCGGCCAAGAAAACCCUAGAUCAGAGAAUUUGUAAGCCAAAACCCCAAAAUUAAAAUCCUAGCCAAUAACUGUAUAUAGCAACACAAUUGGCCAAAAUGCAGUGAAGACUGAAGACCUUGAAUCUUGGUGGAUAAUUUCUCGCUGUCUUCAAAAGGGAGAUAUAACUAACUGCGCCGCCAGGCCAAAGUUUUUUGGGGCCGGCUGAACAACAAUGAUCUAUACAGCUAUUGAUAACUUCUACUUAACGGAUGAGCAGCUACAGAACACGCCCUCCAGGAAGGAUGGCAUAGAUGAAGCAACUGAAACUACUCUUAGAAUAUAUGGCUGUGAUCUCAUUCAAGAAAGUGGGAUUUUGCUUAAACUACCUCAAGCUGUAAUGGCUACUGGACAAGUCCUCUUUCAUCGUUUCUAUUGCAAGAAAUCAUUUGCUUGUUUCGAUGUGAAGAUUGUCGCAGCUAGCAGCCUGUGGCUUGCCUCAAAAUUAGAAGAAAGCCCUACAAGAGCCAAACAAGUUAUCCUUAUCUUCCACAGAAUGGAGUGUACGAGAGAGAACUUACCGAUAGAGCAUUUGGACCUGUUCUCAAAGAAAUAUGGAGAAUUGAAGGCAGAAUUGAGCAGAACGGAAAGGCAUAUAUUGAAAGAGAUGGGCUUUGUUUGUCAUGUUGAACAUCCGCAUAAGUUUAUAUCGAACUACCUUGCCACCCUUACCCUUGGAACCCCUAUAGAGUUGAGGCAAGAAGCAUGGAAUCUAGCAAAUGAUAGCUUGCGGACAACCUUAUGUGUUCAUUUCAAGAGUGAGGUUGUUGCUUGUGGGGUGGUAUAUGCUGCAGCUCGAAGGUUCCAAGUACCCCUUCCUGAGAAUCCACCAUGGUGGAAGGCAUUUGACGCAGAAAAAUCUGGGAUUGAUGAGGUUUGCAGGGUGCUGGCUCGUUUGUAUAGCCUUCCCAAGGCACGGUAUAUUGCAGUCCUUAAAGAUAGAAAGCAAUUUACAUUUUCUGCGAAGUCUGGAGAUUCACAAUCUCUGGCAACUGCAAGGCAUACAUCAUGAAUGAAAAGAUUGCUGCUGCUGUCUUGUUUGUGUGACACAACCACUUGCCUAACUAAUAGCAGCAUUUGCAUCAUUGCAAUUGAAUGAAGGGUAGCAACUAAAAAAUUGCAGUUAUGGAGGCUCCCGAGACUAGUCCACCUGCAAAUGAUGAUGCCAACUUUUCAAAGUCUGCUCCACUUGAAACGGAUGAAUCCAAAGAAGCAAAGAUAAAAGCAGCACUUGACAAGCUGAAGGAUUCCAAACUGAGUGAUGAUGAAUCAAAGAGCAAGCCUAUUGAUGGGGAGGCAAGAGAAGAACUGAGGCAAAAAUCCAAGUCUGAACACAGGACCGAGACAAGUGGAGACAAGAUCAAGGAGAGAGACAGGGAGAGGGAGAGGGACAGAUGCAGAGCAAAGGCCAGGGAUCGUGACAGAGGGAGAGAUUCUGAUAGGGAAUGAGAUCGUGACGAGAGUGAAAGGUAUAGAGAUAAAGUUAAGGAUCGAGCACAUCAUUCCAAGGACAGAGGGAGGGACUCAGGUCAUUCUGAGAAAUUAAGACACCAUUCAUCACGUGAUCGUGAUUAUCAAAGUUCCUCUUACUCUUCAAGGGAGAAGGAUCGCCAUAGACACCAUUCAUAUGCCUAGAACAAUUUAGAAGGUGUGACUCACUCCUUGUCACCAUAAACCCGUAGACUCGAAAAAUCUCUUACUGUGAUGCAUUCUGAAGUUUACAAUUACUCUACCAAAAUUGGGUUUUAAAUUUCUGCUACCUAGUGUCAUUCUGUGAUUACCUUGUUUCCUCACUAUGAAUAAUAAUAGUUUCUUUCA